AUGGCGUCGGCAGCUGAUGUGAUGGCUAGAGCUGCUGCUUUGGCAGGUGGUCAGUCCCCUGCACCCAAGCGUCAGCGACAGGGUGCUCAGCAGUCUGAAGUUGAUACUGAGAUGGCUGCUGUUUUGGAGCGGUGUCUUCGUUUGAGUCUGCAGACGGCCGAAAAAGCAGAGUCGUCAGCUUGCGCCAACAACUUGGUCUUUUUGGUGAAACAAGAAGCAGAACAAAAAGCCCUCGCUGAGAACAUCGCCCUUUGGGUCAGCGCCCUGCCUGAGAGAAGGGUUGGUCAAGAACCCAAGGCUCAUGAGCUUGGUGAGAAGCGUGUCUUCUUGUUCGUGUGCAUGCUGCAGCAACUCAAAAGUGACACUGACCUCUCUGAUGGUACCUUUCCGCAGCCUUUGGAUGCUCUCCUUGGCACAGACAUGGAAUCUCUGUCUCGUUGGAUUUCGUCCUUCGAACCUCGAUAUGCUGAGGCCAAAGCUGGACGAGUUUGGGUGUGGGAGCUUGCUGUCAGCACAUUGGCUCCUGAGAAGUUCAAGCACCACCUGGACACCUUGAGCUCCCUGGUGAAUACAGAUCGAUGGCGUGUUGCUCCGCACGGUUGGGGGCAGACUGGCCUGAACAAGGCUGUGUGGGAUGAUGUGAAGCGCAUGGCUGCUUCCAGAC